AUGCAUCUCCUAGAUUUGUCGGAUGAUUUGGUUAUCCAAAUUCUACAUAAUAUUGAUACCCGUGAGUUAUUAGUCAUUGCUAGCUUUGCUAAAUACCUGAAUAAAUUACAACAUGCAUUGAGUGAAGUUGAUGUAAGGUCAAUAAUAUUAAAAGUUGAUUCACUUGAAGGGCCUCCUAAUUAUCUAGAAACUUCAGAUUCAUUUAAUAGAUUGACCUUGUUCCAUGCUUCGACUAUCAACGAUAUCAUUCCAUACCAAAAUUCACUGGCUAUUUACUUCGACACUUUGAAAUGGUUCAAACAUAAGAAACAAAGUCUGAUUAUAUUGUUUUUUGAUUUGAGAACAGAAGAAGAUUUGAAUUGUAUGAUUGACUUACUAGUUAAAUGUGAAGUACUACUAUCUUACAAUAUUAUAUUUCGGCUAGCAUUAUUCGGGAAUAUUAGCUUUAUUGAGACAUCAAUAUUUACACUUCCUAGUCAACAUUUAGAAAAAUUCAAUUGGUCGAGUGUUUCCAUUGGUACUGCUUCAAAGGUGAGUUCAGAGAAAAUUUCCACCAUCUCAUUGUAUUGGCUUAAGAAUAGCCCAGAUUUAUCUUACAUUUAUAUCGGUGAACUAAUUAAGAUUGAAGAUAAUUUGAAUGAUUUAUAUUUCAGCAAGCUAAUCACAGUGAAAUUUAACAGUUGCCAUAAGGAGACUUGUGAAAAUUGGAGACAUUUUCUCCUUAAGCAUAAAGACGUGGUUGAAAGCUUACAGUUGAUGUAUUAUUUACAUAUUUAUGAUUAUGCUGCAAUGAAGAAUCUAAAAGUAUUAGAACUAGUACGAUUCAAUUAUCAUUCCUUUCCGAUACUUUCACAAUUAAUGAAUAGCAAGAUAACUCUAAUUAUCAAAGGAAGACCUUUAAAAUGUGUUCUAUUCACUUGUCUAAGUGAGGCUGGCAAUAAAACAUUUCCAAAUACUUAUUUGGCAGAGUUUCAACCAAAUAUUAAUGUGAUGCAAUUUCUCGAAAGACGAUUUCAAAUCAAUUUCAUUCCUCUUAAUCCAUGGGAAGAUUUCCUAUAUGCAUCUUAUUUAAAUGAUUAA